AUGACGACAAUGGCUGACCACUGUACUCCACAGACCCAAUGCCGCAUCUUCUCUCUCAACUACAAUCCAGACCGCUUGCGACUGGGAAACAAGGUCCUUAGACAGCGCCUACGUGGCCCUACUCUUGCAUCAUGGUAUCCCAAGCAGACCGUGUCCUUCCGCCAGUUGCAAAACAGCUAUAAACAAUUCGGAUUGACGACCUUUGAUGAAGCCGAAGACGACAGAGAAGAGGCAAUUCAAGUUGCCAAGAUGAGAGGAAAGGGUCGACCCAAGAAGAAGCGAACCGCCGCAGAAUCGAGAUCUGCCAAAAAGAAGAAAUGA